CGCCAAUGUCGACUUUCCCUCAAAUGCCUGUGAGAUUGAAUACAUGGAUACACGAAAAACGAACAAAGCGACUGAUAAUACGGACCUCGCUGACGAGGAUGAUAGCGUAGUUCUCCCCGCACCCACUCGACUGAUCUUCGAUUUUCAGAUAUGUCACUGAUAUAGCAUUUCUGAUGGCAUUCUCCAGAUCCUUCGUGUUGACUGGCAUCGCAGAAAAAUUGUAAGAAAGGGGUCGUGGUGGUCAAAAAGAUGAUCUGAUAACAAGAUGCGGCCCGAUCUCCGGUUAGUCAUCAAGUGUCGAUGACGUAAUUCAACGUGAUCGUGUUGUUGAACGACCAUGGACGUGGUAAGGGCCAAGGUGGCAGCUACGCCGACCCCGGCGAGCGUCGAGGAGAGUCGCGAAAAUCGCCUUCAGCGGCUCAAAUCGCGCUUUCGUGACCGUGGUGGGAUUUUCCAGCCGACGGGUGAAAAUAAGCUAAUAGGUCUUUUGCUUGCACAUCGGACGGCGCAGCAGAGACGGUCGAGGUCGAGGAGUCUCUCACCGGUGAAGACGAAGAAAGUGGUGAAGGGGAAGAAAGCGAAGAAACAGGCUGAGGAUGAACCGGUUGCAGGUCCAUCGACUGUCAAAGGAAAAUCAAAGACGAGGGCCAAACCGAAAUCGAAACCGAAAACCGAGACCCAGGCUAAACGUCGAGGACGACCACCCAAGGCGUCCGUCGAUGAACCCCCACAUGCGAAGUCGAAGGCAAAGACGUCCAGGACUCGUAAAUCCACUGCUGCCCCCCCAGAUGAUGACAGCGAAGAUGUACCGCUUUCGAAAGCCCCAUCGAGGAAACCGCAUACAGUCAGGCACCCACCCAUGACGCCUAUUCAAGAGGCUGAUGAAGAUGAGGACGCAGAAGCAGAAGCAGAACCUGUCAUAGCCGUACCCAAAGGGAAGAAGAAAGCCCUGUCUACAGCUUCUAACAAAUCUCGGACACCCUCCAAGGCGCGCGCAGCCUCGAAGAUGAAGUCAAAAGCUGUGGACGUUGACGCUGACACGCUUGAUGACCCGCCGCCAAAGGGUUCUAGAGCGGGGCUCUCGAAAUCAAAGUCGAAGGCUAAGGUCAAAGCUAAGGCAGCAGAAGAGCCUGAGGUUUCAAUUAAACCAUCCACAGACCCAUCAAAGGAAAGUCUGGUCAGCGUUACAGCCUCAAAAUUGAAAGGCAAGGCCAAAACUGUGGGGAAUGUUGACGAGGCGAUAGGUGCAACUGAAGAUCUGGGCGAGUUGUCAACAUCACAGGCGGCGAAAACCAGUAACAAGUCUUCAAAGCCAAAGGCCAAGGAUAAAGCUGUGGAAGACGUAGAAGUUCCUGUUCGUAAGUCAGCUAAAGCUUCGACGAAGGUCCGGAAAGCAAAGGGUGACGAUGACGCCCAACCUGUUUCUGCCACAUCAUCGUCGAAGCUGAAGAGUGAUGAUCAUGCUCGUGAGGAGAAGCCACCACCUAAAACGAAGCGGCCGCGUGCAGACGAGGACGGUGAAGUAGGUGGUGUCGGGAAGAAGCCGAGAGUUAAGGAGCCGCAAGUCUCGACUAAGAAACGCAAGGCCAAAGAGAUUCUAGAGGAAGUUAACGUUGUCGCGAAGUCGACAAAACGGAUCAAGACGUCAAAAUCUCUAGUCGUUCAAGACGAUGACGAACCUGUCAAGGCGGCCCCCAAAAAACGGAUGAAAACCAGCACUUCCAAGCUAAAGGAGAACGUCAAGAGAGCACCUAAGAAACCGACCGUUAAAAAUGGUCCGCGAAAAAGUGUUAUUGCGCGGCUGCAUGAACCCGUACCCGUCGAAGAUGAAGACGAACCGGAUCCCAUUGAUUUUCUCUCAUGAUGAUCUAUCAUUGAUUUAUCUGUCCUUAUCGCUUUGUAAUACAGACACUAAUACAAACACAUCACCUGUAAAUACUGUACAAUUAUACUAAAACAAACUGCAUAGAGAAUGAUGUCGUCUUGUUAGCUCGUGUCUCAGCUUUUCACACCGGGACUUGUAGAGCAGAGAUAGGCCUGAGGAUGGGUUUAGCGUCGAAAAGAGCGCGCGGACCAUUAUGACCGUGAACAAAGUUGGUUGGAAUUAGCUGCACCCAGGAAGUUGUUGAUGGGGGUGGCUCAACGACUUUGUUGUCCUUGUGGUUACGUAUACAUGGAAACCAAACCUCCAAUAGAUCCUGCGUGAGGAAUUUAUUUUUGGUUCUGAGCUGGAAGACCGUAAAGACCGACCCUUUGUGAACCAAAGACGGCAACGUAUGAAACUGAUGCUU